AUGCUCUGGGAAUGUUGAUGUUUUCCAGUUAGUCCAGCUGACAGCGUUCCAAUCCGAAGCCUGGAGAGGCGGUGUUUUUAUUGUGGGAGACAGACCAUCCCAUCUUUUUGCAGUGACAACGUCUGCAAGUCGCAGCCUCCAGGAAAACUACAGAGCAGAACGGGACAGAAGAGGAGAAAAACUGAGAACCAGGAUGCCAACUUUGAAAUUUGAGACGGAGGCCGGGAGGCCGAGUGCUCAUUUCUGAUUGGCUCGUGGGCGAUUUUGCCCACGUACUUCCGGGCGAGAGAAGGCGGGCCCGUGUUCUGUCGCGCGUGCGUAGAGUCUCAGGGGCCCCACCCGGUAGUUCAAGAACCUGCGAGGGGGCGGGGCGAAGAGGUGCUUGUUUUGGUUCUGUUUCCUUUGAAGUCGAAUCCCGGAACAAGGUAGCAGUAAACUUGACUGACUUGAAGAGAGGCGUACGACUCGUUGCUUUGUUUUCCUAUUGGACUUAACAUCUACGACCUCCUUUGGGCGUGACCUGCGCACCACCUGCGGUUUGCAAACCGGUGCCGCGAUCUCUUUAUUCCGGCCUCACUGUUCCCGUCGUGCCUCGCGCCCUGCAGUAGCCCCCUCAUCCGGGUUCUCUCCCGGCGUUCUUCGCGACUGGUUUGCUGUGGGGUACUUUGACGGUGCCGCCAUGACUAUUCUCCCCAAAAAGAAGCCACCACCUCCCGACGCCGACCCCACUAACGAACCGCCGCCGCCCGGGCCACUGCCCCCAGCGCCACGGCGCGGUGGGGGCGUGGGCGUGGGCGGCGGCGGCACGGGUGUGGGUGGAGGCGACCGCGACCGUGACUCCGGCGUUGUGGGGGCCCGUCCCCGGGCUUCACCACCACCUCAGGGCCCGCUCCCGGGACCACCGGGUGCUCUUCACCGCUGGGCACUAGCAGUGCCGCCUGGUGCAGUGGCAGGCCCUCGGCCACAGCAGGCUUCUCCACCUCCUUGUGGGGGCCCAGGUGGUCCCGGCGGCGGUCCUGGUGAUGCUCUUGGUGCGGCAGCUGCGGGGGUGGGCGCGGCAGGGGUGGGCGUAGGGGGUGCCGUGGGCGUGGGCGGCUGCUGCUCUGGGCCGGGGCACAGCAAACGGCGGCGUCAAGCCCCCGGCGUUGGCGCAGUUGGCGGGGGCAGUCCGGAACGUGAAGAGGUCGGCGCUGGCUACAACAGUGAGGACGAAUAUGAAGCAGCUGCAGCGCGGAUCGAGGCCAUGGACCCUGCAACUGUAGAACAGCAGGAGCAUUGGUUUGAAAAGGCCCUACGGGACAAGAAAGGCUUCAUCAUCAAGCAGAUGAAGGAGGACGGCGCUUGUCUAUUCCGGGCUGUAGCUGACCAAGUAUAUGGAGACCAGGAUAUGCAUGAGGUUGUGCGGAAGCAUUGCAUGGACUAUCUGAUGAAGAAUGCUGACUACUUUUCCAACUAUGUCACAGAAGACUUUACCACCUAUAUCAACCGAAAGCGGAAAAACAACUGCCAUGGCAACCACAUUGAGAUGCAGGCCAUGGCAGAGAUGUACAACCGUCCUGUGGAGGUGUAUCAGUACAGCACAGAACCUAUCAACACAUUCCAUGGGAUCCAUCAAAAUGAAGAUGAACCCAUACGUGUUAGCUACCAUCGGAAUAUCCACUAUAAUUCAGUGGUGAAUCCUAACAAGGCUACAAUUGGUGUGGGGCUGGGCCUGCCAUCAUUUAAACCAGGGUUUGCGGAACAAUCCCUAAUGAAAAAUGCCAUAAAGACAUCGGAGGAAUCAUGGAUUGAACAGCAAAUGUUAGAAGACAAGAAACGAGCCACAGACUGGGAGGCCACAAAUGAAGCCAUAGAGGAGCAAGUGGCUAGGGAAUCUUACCUGCAGUGGCUGAGGGAUCAGGAGAAACAGGCCCGCCAGGUCCGAGGACCCAGCCAGCCCCGGAAAGCCAGUGCCACAUGUAGUUCAGCCACGGCAGCAGCCUCCAGUGGCCUGGAGGAAUGGACUAGCCGGUCCCCACGGCAGCGAAGUUCAGCCUCAUCACCUGAGCACCCUGAACUGCAUGCUGAGCUAGGCAUCAAGCCCCCUUCCCCAGGCACUGUCUUAGCUCUUGCCAAACCACCUUCACCCUGUGCACCAGGUACAAGCAGUCAGUUCUCGGCAGGGGCUGAUCAGGCCACCUCUCCCCUCGUGUCCCUCUACCCUGCUCUGGAGUGUCGGGCCCUCAUUCAGCAGAUGUCCCCCUCUGCCUUUGCAGGUCUGAAUGACUGGGAUGAUGAUGAGAUCCUAGCAUCGGUGCUGGCAGUAUCCCAACAGGAAUACCUAGACAGUAUGAAGAAAAACAAAGUGCACAGAGAUCCACCUCCUGACAAGAGUUGAUGGAGACCCAGGGACUGGAUACCACCCUCCAACCCCCUACUCCUGCCCUCUUACGCCACCCAAUCUUCUUUGGCUUUCUUCCCUCUUGGCUUCCUUCCCUUCUUCUCUCUUUUCCCUCUUCUCCACUUCCCUCUGGCUGGUCCACCCCUGUGUGCUCCAUCUCAUCCUUGCCACCACCAUUCGUCUCUGCCAGCUGACUGCCCUAUUGCCCCCUGCACAGCACCAUCUCAGCAUUCCACAGGGGACUCUGGAAAGGGUGCCAAAGGUAGGCAAGAGGCACACAAAUACAGACCACCUGGCAGCCAGAUAGCCCCAGAAGAGAGAAACUCAAACAGGAAAGUCUGCUAUCCUCCCAUCAGAUCUGAACAACAUAUCACCCCACCCCCACAGCAACUACAGGAAAAGUGGGAAGAAGAAGUGGGACGUUUCCCUUCCCAGUACCCCAAGAAUAUCUGAGCCUUCCAUGUUGAAUUUUUCUUGAUUUUUUUUUUAUUAAAGUGUACUUUUAUCUUACAAAAGUCAACCAGUCAAAAAAGAUGUAGACGACAACAUUGGCUUUGUGAAGAAGACAUCUCUUGUUUGGGGGCAGGCAAUAGGGCAUGAAGGAUGUGCACAGAUGUGGGUAGCUGCUGUCUUUUGGCCUCCAGCUCCAUGGAGGUGCACAGAGGGCCUAAGGUGUGAGCCAUUGUGGGGUGGGGGGCAGGGGUGGCAGGUGGCAGACUGGCUUUGGACAAUGAGACCCUGACUUGCUGCAUUCCUUUUGCUUCCACCACCACUAGUCUCCUUGGAAUCUUGAGGUGGGGGCAUUAUGGCUGCUACCCAGGAUUUGAGUGUAGGGAGUGGGAGCAGCCUCAGCAGAUGGGGCACAUGUGCCCUACAGGUGUUGACAAGAUCCACCAUCUGUAAUGUCCUUGGCACAAUAAAACCAAAUGUCAGUUUCCCUGA